AAGACCCAGCGCCUUUCACUCUACACGUCUUCUCUUCUCUUCUUUCUACUCCCUACGAACAGACACUACUACCACUACUGCUACCUCACGACCCCUCCCUCUCUGAAUUUCAUCCUGCUAGUCUUCUCUGUCCUCCUGCCCACCACAAUCUCGCAUUGAUCUCGAUUGUUUCUUCGUACUCCAAACCUCCGCUUCUGUCCUCCGCUGUGUUUUCAGAUACAAUGUCAAACACCAUGUCUCCUUCCAAGAAGACUGCUAGUGCCUUGUCCAACAUGCAGCUCGACGAUAUCGCGUCCCUGAAGGCCAACCUGCACAAGACCUCCACCAAGUCCGAGCCCGCACCGAAGCCCGUAGAGAAGCUGGUCAAUCUGCCAACUACCAUCAAGGCCCACGAGCAGGAUGAGCCGCUGCUCAUGGAGAACAAGCAGCGCUUCGUGCUGUUCCCCAUCAAAUACCACGAGAUCUGGCAGAUGUACAAGAAGGCCGAGGCUUCGUUCUGGACCGCUGAGGAGAUCGAUCUGUCGAAGGAUCUGCACGACUGGCACAACAGAUUGAACGACGACGAGCGGUACUUUGUGUCGCACGUCCUCGCCUUCUUCGCCGCUUCCGACGGCAUCGUCAACGAGAACCUCGUCCAGCGCUUCAGCAAUGAGGUCCAGGCUCCCGAGGCCAGGUGCUUCUACGGCUUCCAGAUCAUGAUGGAGAACAUCCACUCCGAGACCUACUCGCUCCUGAUCGACACCUACGUCAAGGACCCUAAGCAGCGCACGUACCUGUUCGACGCGAUCGAGACCAUCCCCUGCAUCAAGAAGAAGGCCGACUGGGCACUCAAGUGGAUCGAAGACACCGAGUCUUCGUUCGCCCAGCGUCUGGUUGCCUUUGCUGCCGUUGAGGGCAUCUUCUUCAGUGGAUCGUUCGCAUCCAUCUUCUGGCUCAAGAAGCGUGGCCUCAUGCCCGGCCUCUCUUUCUCCAACGAGCUCAUCUCGCGUGACGAGGGUCUGCACACCGACUUCGCCUGCCUUCUGUUCUCGCACCUCAACCACCGCUCCAGCCACGAGGAGGUGCUCGCCAUCAUUGCCGAGGCUGUCGCCAUCGAGUGCGAGUUCCUGACGGAAGCCCUUCCCGUGGCGUUGCUCGGCAUGAAUUCCAAGUUGAUGGUACAAUACAUUGAGUUUGUGGCCGACCGCCUGCUGCUGUCGCUCGGAAACCCCAAGCACUACAACGCCACCAACCCGUUCGACUUUAUGGAGAGCAUCUCGCUCGCAGGAAAGACCAACUUCUUUGAGAAGCGCGUCGGAGACUACCAGAAGGCUGGUGUCAUGGCUUCCACCACCAAGAAGGAGGCCGUGCCUAGCGCCGAUGGCUCCCCCGCCCCGCCACACGCGCAGGAAGGCGAUGAUGGUCUCAUCUUCGAUGACGACUUUUAAACGUACUGCUCUUGCUGCUGCUGCUGCUGCUGCUCUAACGAUUGUAACAACAUAAUGGUCUUUCUGUGUGUUUCCUUCAUUUUCAU